GACUUCAGAAAGUUUUUACUUGCAAGUUUAGUACAGCAUCCGUAGGCCUUGCUUUGUGCAGGAUUAGACGUGUUUGUGCACACAGGAAGAGCGCUGAAUUGAAACGUUUCACAGAUGGGAUUUCCCUCUGCCCCUCAGGCCAUGGAACAGUCAUGGACAGCUCCUCUAAAGCUGGCUGUUGUGUCACCAGCACGGACAGCAAACUGGGACUUUGUCAGCGACGUGGUUAACUCCUCCAACCACGUCUAUCGCUCCCCAAGGCAAUGCCAAAGUCGUUACCUAAGAGCCUUGGCAGGUCCAGAGGGAAAGAACACAGGUGGUUAUCCUCUUCGUGCUAGACAAGCCUCUGCUAAGGACCAAGAUUCUGAGCGUGCCCAAGUCUAUAUGAAUCACUUUGAGCUGCUGACAACGACUACCAGAAAAAGAAGUUCCUCAAAUAGGUUUCUUGCAGAGAACUACAAUAAUCUCCUACCAGUGUCUGGGGUUGUUUCCACCUGUGCAGAGCCUUCGACGGUGCAGGAAAAGGUCUUGAGUGAAGAACAAAAAGCUUCUCCCAUGCAGGAGCAACAACCUGGCCAGCAGCAGGAAGAGGAACAAACGGUGGAGCAAAUCCAAACCCAGCAAUAACCACAGGGGCAAAUGCAGGUCUCUGCUGUCCUGAGCGAGGGGAAGUCCUGUGAGCUCACCGAAUCACUGAGUCCAACCUCUGACCCAGCACCACCUUGUCAACCGGGCCAUGGCACUGAGUGCCACAUCCAGUCUCUUCUUAAACACCUCCAGGGCCCAGGGAUGGUGACUCCACCACCUCCCUGGGCUGCCCAUUCCAAUGUCUGAUCACUCUCUCUGUGAAGAACUUCUUCCUGAUGUCCAACCUCAACCUCCCCUGGCACAGACUGUGCCCUCUCGUCCCUUAUUCCCCGGGAGCAGAGCCCGAUCCCCACCCGGCUCCCCCCUCCUGUCAGGGAGUUGUAGAGAGCGAGGUCUCCCCUGAGCCUCCCCCUCUCCGGUCUGAGCCCCCUCAGCCGCCCCUCACAGGACCUGCGCCCCAUCCCCUCACCGGCCCCGCCGCCCUUCUCUGGAGCUCGCAAGCCUUGUGCUUGAUUUAGACCAAAUCCUGAAGGACAGCCCUGCCCGCACACAAGUUACUUCCCCCCACACUCCGCUGUCAAUAAACGCGGGUUUUUUUGCCGUCC